CUUAUUAUUUCGUACUCACUGAGGCCAAGUUGUGUAAUCAGUGCAUUACUUAAUUAAAUAAAUGACAAUAUUUAUCACUUAUGCAAACUGUCAUCAAUAGAUAAGAAAUUAAAUAAAACCUUAUCUAAAGAUACUUGAAUUUGGGACGUAAAUUAAACAAUCAUGGGUAUAUUUACUCCGCCGUGCAUAUUGAAAAGCAGUAUCGUAUAUACGUAAAGUGUUUUAUCCUGGACUUUCCAUUGGAAAAUAAUAUUGAAACGAAUGUAUGUGCUUGCUAUUGUAUCGGAAUAACGUUACACCGACUGUCGAUCUCAUAAAAUGUUGAUAAGGAAUUAAUUUCAAAACAAAGGUAUCCCCUGUAACGGGCUUAUCGGCGUGUGUGUGUGCAUACAGAAGCUACUACAAGCAUGGACACCCCUGGAGAGAUAUUUCAAUCGAUAAUCAGAGCGGGCAAGUCAACUGCUUAAACAAAACCAGCAUAAGCAAGGUGUCCUGAUCACGCAUAGUUGCGACGUAUGUCGAGACCACAUUUAUACCGGUUAGUACUAGGCUCUGGGCUAUCCUCUAGGCUCUGUAUGCCAGGUUAAUACGUGGCCAGGGCAGCACGCACAUGCGCAGAGGGUAGUAACCACACCGAUCAAAACAAGACACGACGCGUUUUCCUAAAUCAGUCAGAAAACAACAAAUAUCAGUGAAUACUGGAAAAACUGUGCUCGAUUUGAUAAAUAACAUACUUUCCACGAACAGACGCGUACGGAUGCGAUCUGUCUAAACAAAAAGGCGCUUCUGCUAUGUAAACAUGAACGAACAUAAAAUAUUGGUUUUUAUCGCGUUUUUGAUACUCUAUUGUUUGUACUGCCUCAACAGUUGGUUCAAGUCUGAGAAUGUUAUAGACGAAAAUGCUCCAGAGCCACUACCUGAUUUACUGCAAGAAAUCCCUGAAAUAUUGGUACCUGAUAGAUCAGUUAUCAAGAAAGAGGUUGAAAUAAAAACAAAAACAAAGAGAAUUCCACUGUUUUUCUACAAUGCCUGUAGCGUUUUAGAAGUAUUUACCGAAAAGCCAGCUCUGAUCAAGAAAAACAAAACAAGAUCGAAAGAAUUAGACAACAGCAGUAACGCUAUAGCUGUUAUUGGUAUAACAGUAUUCUUAGUGGCUCUGGGUGUCAAUGCAGUUCUAGACGCACUGAAAGCUAAGGAAGAAGAACGUGAGCGGAGGAAAUUGAAUCCUGAUGGGGAAAGAAGGCAAUCAUUGUCUGAGUUUGCAAACAAAAAGCAGUUGCGACGAGAAUCGAGCAGAUUCGGAAUUCAAUUGUUUCAAAUUGCAGAAUCUGUGGUUAGUGGGGAAGAAAAGAGUAGACGCCAGAGUCGUCCGUAUACCCGUGGAGACUCCACCAAUUCCUAUUUGUCUGAUAGAAAGGCUCAAGCAGACGGUUCCACGCCUACAGAGACAGCGGAACCCAGGCUUGUGAAGAGGCAAUCGGUUGCUAAGCUCUUUGGAGGUCGCCCAGUACCGAUGGUGCGGCGGUCUUCUUUCCCCGCCCUGCCGCUAAACCCCGACGUGCAAGCGCUGAUGCUGGGCCACCGGCAGCCAUCUUGCGACAGUGACGACGAAGACGGGAAGGGACGUCGCGUGAGGAUCAUAAGGAGAUAUUAAUCUCUUUAGAACAACGAGUGUUUUGAAAUGAAAAGAGCUUUGACUCCACGUUCAAUGUUACGAGUAAUAUAAGUAUGGGCCACCAGGCCAACACACGUACCCACGAUGAUACGACAUCGUAUCGGUGCGCGCCGUAACGUUGCAGGACGCCGCAACGUGAGACGACGUCGUAUCGUGGGUAUGUGUGCUGGCCCUAUGUCGGACGCGGCACCCUUGUAUUGUAACAUUUACAGGUGUAAGAAAAAUAGUGGGCAUCCGUUUUUUUUCUAUGGGGAAGAUCGUCCAAUUCGGCCAAAGGCGAAAAAUCAAACUACUUUUUCCUACUCAGAACUCGAUACUGAAUAUUAAACGGAUCCCUACUAUUUUUAUUACAUCUGUAUAUAUUCACUUCUUUUUUGCACUGAUAUUAGAUAAUAUUUGUCUUUGGCGGAUACUACAUUGUCGUGUUUUGUUUUGUAGCUCUUCCAGCUUUAAUCGAUUUCACAUUAGUUAGUUAUAUUAGGAUAAAUAUAAAAAUAUAAGGUACCUAAGUAAGUACCUACAACAGUCUUAUUACAAAUGUCACAAUGUCUUUGAUAUAACAGAUAGCAAUGAUAAUUUGGAUUUGAAAAUUAAAAGAUAAUUGCUAUUUUAACAAAAAAAGUAACUAAAUAAAUACAUAGAAGUAAGGAAAAGUGCCUAGUGGGCAAUCGAAUUUUCCAAUAUUUUUAAAUUUCACCUCGUUGGUUAUUGUUGUCUCUUUUUAUAAAAAUUAUAGAGGAAUUUAUUUAUCCUAGGAAUGCAAUAUGCAUUGAUUAUGAAGUGUUAAAUAUUUUCUUAAAGUUAAAUAUAUGCACUAGGCAUUUUUUUAUCUCAUUCGAAAUAUUACGUGUUAUUAAUUGUUUUCAAUUUAAGGUCAAUGCGGCCAAUUCUGUCAUAGGGCCAAUUCCGUACGUUUCUGGAGCGUAUAUUUUUAUUUUCAACCCAUAGGAAAAACCCCAUCUGCUUUUGAUUGCUGAAACUAUAAGAAAUCGCUGCUUUGUCGAUGAAAUUAUCAAUUGUGUAGUUGUUUAAAAAACCGGUCGUGUACGGAAUUGGCCCUAUGACGGAUUUGCCCACAUUUAUGUAAAUUUAUUAAGAUAAAAAUCGGUGUGUGAUAAACAUAGGUCUAAAACUUUUAAAAUGUAUAUGACAUUAGCAAAGAAUUUAACAUAUCUUUAUAAAUGCAUAUUUGAAAGUCUGAACCUGAACUGCGAAUGAAUAAAUGUGAUACACAAUUAAACAUACCUACAGUGUAUGUCUUUAUUAGUAUUAAUUUACAGGCCCAUUAUGAUUUUAAUAACAGGUUAUAUUAGAUCGGGAUAAGACAUUUCUUCAACUAAAAACGUCACUUUUGACACUGAUAUCUAUCAGUUCCAUAUCUAAUCUAGAUAUAAUUCAUACCUAACAAUAAGAUAAGUGACAACGCUGGACUAACUGCUGUUGGACGAAAUACGUGUUGACGUAAUACGCGUUGGACGAAAUGCUGUUGGACGAAAUACGUGUUGACGUAAUACGCGUUGGAAGAAAUGGUGUUGGACGAAAUACGUGUUGACGUAAUACGCGUUGGACGAACUGCUGUUGGACGAAAUACGUGUCGACGUAAUACGCGUUGGACGAAAUGCUGUUGGACGAAAUGCAUGUUUGACCAAAUACGUGUUGGACGAAAUGCGAAUUGAAAUAUCAUUUGGACAAACUGCGUAUUGGACGCACAGCUAAAAAUCAUUCAUAACCUGUUAUUAAAA